AUGCACACAGAUUUUGUCCUCAAGAGUAGGAAAUUUAAAAGAACACACUCUGAAAAAACUAAACAAGAGAAACGGGUGGCGCAUUACAGCAGCAAACGGAAGAUACUGUUAGUGGGUGAGGGUAACUUCUCUUUUGCUUCUUGUUUGGCUAAAGGAUUUGGCUCUGCUAAGAACAUGGUUGCCACUUCCCUCGACUCCAGAGAGUCAGUAUUGGCCAAGUAUUCAAAUGCAGCACCAAGAAACUUAACAGAAUUGGAGGACAUGGGAUGUGUUAUACUGCAUGAGGUGGAUGUACACAUAAUGAGGCAGCACCCUCUCCUACUCGAUCAACUGUUUGAUCGUAUAGUCUUUAACUUUCCUCAUGCUGGUUUCAAUUUUAUGGAAAACCAGAAGAGCCAGAUCAAGUUGCAUCAGGAUUUGGUGAGGAGAUUCUUCGACAGCGCAUGUGAGAUGUUGAAAGAAAGUGGAGAGGUUCAUAUCACUCACAAGACCUCACAUCCUUUCAGUAGAUGGGAAAUAGUGAAGUUAGCAGAAGAGGUUGGGUAA